AUGAACCCAGUUAACCAAGACACUAGUAUCGUGCGAGAAGAGCCGAUUAGUUGGGAAGAAGUGUGCCAAAUAAUAAAAACUAAUCACCUAGAGAGGCUAAAGAGAUCCAAAUCCAAAUUGGCAGAGUAUAAGAGAUUUAAAGACUACCUCAAAGAGAAUAACAUUUCAUCAACUGCCAUACUAUUAGGGGAUGAUUUACAAUGGGCAAAAGUUGAUUCAAACCAUCAAAUACUAGAAACUUAUCUUGAAGCAAGAUCCGACAAGCUGCUACGUGAUCCAAGAGAUCUAAAGAUAAUAGAGAAUAGAUUCCCAUACAACUUCGAGUCAAAUAUUUCACAUUUACUAGUUUGGACAAAAGUGCCAAUUGAAUCGGAUCCAACUUCGCCAAGAGGUGAUAUAUCAACAUACACGAGGAAAUUGAUAAAUAAAUACAUUUGGAAUACGUUUGUCAAAGGAUUAGGUAUCCCAGAGUCCAAUAUCAUCUGGUUUAGGAAUUGGCAUGCUUUGCAAAGUAUCAGAGAGUUGUCUCAUAUCCAUGUUUUGAUUAAAGAUCUUUCACCAGAGCAAUUAAGCAGAAUAAAGGGGACUCCAGGAGUACCCCUAUCUGAUGAUGACUAUAUAGAACUAGCACAAUUAUAAAACAAUCAAAG